GUUGCCCAACAGGCGGCUGGGGGCGGGCCACGGCCACUGAUUAAAGGCCGCCUGGAGCAGCCUGUGUGGAGACAGGUGCCCAGCAGCCCAGGAAGCCGGCCAGCACCCGCCCCAGCUUUAGGCUUUGCUGUCCCCGUGAGCACAUCACCAUGUCCGAGGCACCCCGGGCCGAGACUUUCGUCUUCCUGGAUCUGGAAGCCACUGGGCUCCCCAGUAUAGAUCCCGAGGUGGCUGAGAUAUCCCUGUUUGCGGUGCACCGCUCCGCCCUGGAGAACCCAGACCGAGACGAGGCUGGUGCCCCUGUGCUGCCCCGGGUCCUGGACAAGCUCACGCUGUGCAUGCGUCCAGAGCGCCCUUUCACCGCCAAGGCCAGCGAGAUCACCGGCCUGAGCAGCGACAGCCUGGCGCGGUGCCGGAAGGCCAGCUUCGACGACGCCGUGGUGCGGACGCUGCAGGCCUUCUUGAGCCGCCAGGAGGGCCCCAUCUGCCUUGUGGCCCACAACGGCUUUGAUUAUGACUUCCCCCUGCUGUGCACAGAGCUGCGGCGCCUGGGCGCCCACCUGCCCCCGGACACCGUCUGCCUGGAUACACUGCCUGCGCUGCGGAGCCUGGACCGUGCCCACAGCCAUGGCACCCGGGCCCAGGGCUGCAAGGGUUACAGCCUGGGCAGCCUCUUCCGCCGCUACUUCCAGGCCGAGCCAAGUGCAGCCCACUCAGCCGAGGGUGAUGUCCACACCCUGCUCAUGGUCUUCCUGCACCGCGCUGCUGAGCUGCUUGGCUGGGCUGACGAGCAGGCCCGAAGCUGGGCCCGCAUCGAGCCCAUGUAUGUGCCACCCGAUGGCCCGAGCCUUGAAGCCUGAGUGCCACGGGCUCAGUGAGACCACCACCCAGGGGGAUGAGGCCCACUCUCAGCAUGGGUGGCACCAGCUUUGACGAGUCAGGCUCUGAGGCCUGGAGCUGGCCCCAGACCAGUGCCCCACUGCCCCUCCCCCCGUCCUCGUAGCCAGCUAGCCCCGGGCCCGUGCACCUGCCAGGCCUCCUCCUGGCCCCGGCCUGUGGAGCCUUGUAGCCCUGGAGCUUUCUGCCAGCCCCACCCCCGGACUGCUGUAGUGAUUUGUUGCUGCAGGCUCCCGCCCUUCACCUGGUCUCUCAAUAAAC